AUUAAUAGUUAACUCAAAGGUGAACAAUCCCCUUUAAAAGCUGGAAGUAUUUAUGAGAAUUCGCAGGGUUGUGCGGGAGACAUAGGAAUUCCAAUGAGACUGUUAGAGCUGCAGUUCCCCCGAGCGCCGGUAGAUGUCAGUGCGCGCAGUGAUUGAGUCUGUAAUGAGGAAGCAGCAGAAUGUAGUCCCCGGUUAGUUGGAGCAGUAAGAAGUUACUCGUGUUGGCACAGCCCGGUACCCACCCUCGGCCGCACUCACAUGUCUUACUUGUUGGGGUUUGUCUCGGCGCUUCUCGGGUUUCCCCAGUGACUGAGGCUCGGCAGCAGCAGGAGGGACAUAAGUUGCAGACGGGACUGCCCGGACAAAGUCCUUCCCGCAGCCGCUGGCUAUGGGAUGAAGGGUCGGGGCAUGGCGGGAGCAGCAGGAGGAGCGCACAGGAGCGGGGGGCUGGAAGUGCUGGUCCGGGGGCGCUGGCACAAAGUUCUGGGCAACUUGUAUGAGGAAACCCUGGUCCUGAGCAGCGAGGAGCGCCCCGAGGAUGCCCCGAGCUCUAACGGCAUCAGCAAUGGCACCAACAGCAGCAGUAGCAGCAGCAGCCCCCCGGCCAUCAGGAGCGCACUCACCGAACUGGCCGACUCUGUGCCCGAGGCCAUUGGCAACAAGAAGAGGCCAGUGAAGGUGCUGAAGCAGGAGCUGGGGGGCCUGGGAAUCAGUAUCAAAGGGGGCAAGGAAAACAAGAUGCCCAUUCUCAUCAGCAAGAUCUUCAAGGGGCUGGCGGCCGACCAGACUCAGUCCCUGUAUGUGGGAGAUGCCAUACUAGCUGUCAAUGGGCUGGAUCUGAGGGAUGCCACUCAUGAUGAGGCUGUGCAGGCGCUAAAGAAGGCGGGAAGAGAGGUGAUACUGGAGGUGAAAUACAUGAGAGAAGCAACACCCUAUGUUAAGAAAGGAUCCCCUGUUUCGGAAAUAGGAUGGGAAACACCUCCUCCGGAAUCCCCGCGCUUAGGGAACACAUCCGUAUGUCCACCCUCACCUGUUUCUCUUUCCAUCCAUGGAGACCGGAAGACCAUCCCUCUAAAGAUGUGCUCCGUGACCAGGAGCAUGACAGUGCCUGAUGCAGAGAACAGAAAUCUGGAGUUACAUUCACCUGACACAAAGCACACGGUGGUCCUCCGAAGUUCUGACCCCGUCACCGCACAGGCCUGGUUUAAUGCUAUACACUCAACUGCCUCCGAUCUGAUCGGCAAAGUGAUAACAGAAGUUAAAGAGCAAUUAGGGAAAAGCGGGAUCUCGGGAGGCACGGAUAUUAGGCACUUGGGCUGGCUGGCGGAAAAGGUACCCGAAAAGAAUGAGAAGCACUGGAAGCUGGUCCUGAUGGUCCUGACAGAGAAGGAUCUGCUCAUGUAUGAGUCUAUGCCUCGCAGGAAGGACGCCUGGCUCAAUCCAGUGCAUACCUACCCACUCAUAGCCACCAGGCUGGUCCAUUCGGGUCCUGGCAAAAUCUCUUCCCUUCCUGGCACAGAGUUCUCAUUUGCUACACGGACAGGGUCGAGACAAGGAAUUGAGACCCAUUUCUUCAGAGCCGAGACCAACAGGGAUCUCUCCCUCUGGACCAGGUCUAUAGUACAGGGCAGUCACCACUCUGCUGAGCUCAUUAAAGAGAUUUCGACUCCGUGCACUUACAAGAAUAAUGAGUGUCGAUUGGUUAUAAAUUAUGAUCAUGGAUUCUCACUGACCUCUGAAGCCUUGGAUGGGACCUAUUCGCGACCCCUGGUACAGUUCCCCUAUGAAAAACUGAAAAUGUCAUCUGACGAUGGAGUUAAGAUGCUCUAUUUAGAUUUCGGGGGAAAAGAGGGAGAAUUGCAACUGGAUCUCCAUUGUUGCCCAAAGCCCAUAGUCUUCAUCAUCCACUCGUUUCUGUCGGCUAAAAUCACAAGGCUUGGCUUGGUGGCAUGAGAAUAAAGAAUGGGCACGUGGAUCUACAAGACGUCUAUAAAGAUACAGUAACCCAUAGAUAGAUGGAUCUGCAGGCUGCAAAGUGUUGGAUGGAAGUUUGGUGCGGGGACUUCAGUUUCAGCCAAUCAGGAAACUCAAAGGAGAGAACCACCAGAUGCAAAAAAAAUCAAACAAGGGCAAUGCAUCGUGUGUUGUCCUGAAGCACUUUAUAUAUAGAAGCACACGAUGUGCAUAUUUUCUAAUAUUCUCUCUCUGCCUUCAUAAAUCAACUGACAAAUGCUGCGCUGAGUCACUUAACUCCUUCAUAUCCACUGGGCCUGGCAAAAAGGAUUCCGUUUACACACAAUGUUGACUUAGUUCAAUGGGCAUUUCCUGGCCAAAUAAUAAGCCUUAGAGGGACAUUAGAUUCCCGUUGCUGAAGGCUCACGUUCUGUGACAAUGGAGUUGUAGCCAAUUGCAUUCAUUUGAGUGAAUAUUAUAAAAUAUUAAUAGAAGGGAUUCUAUUAAUAUUUUAUAAUAUUCACUCAAAUGAAUGCAACAUAAAGAGGUUGUAUCAUCUCGAAUGAUCAUUAGUUGGGUCUGUCUGCCUGGUUUCCUAGGGUGGGAUGUGAUUCAAGUUUAUAAAAAACAGGACAGGCCCUGAUCCAACCCAAGUCACACUUCUUUACACCCAAACCCACCUCUGAUCUGCCCAAACCCCUUCCACUUCAAGGCACAGCUUCCCUUCUUAUUGCCCACUAAUCUAGACUGCUGUGAUACCCUGGGUUACUCACUAAGAGUGGGCCCCUAACAGCCUCCCUUCUGACCCCCAUUUUUAGGGGGGGGACCAUGAGAACUUUUCAGAAAAUAUUUAGGUGCAAUAGGAAGUUCUCUAGUUUUCUUUAAUACCUCCACCCUCUUAAUGUGUCUUCCAGCCAAAAGCAGAGAGGCCCUGUGGAACUGCCACUGUAUCUGAGAAUUAUCAGGAGCACUUUGAUCAACACUGAGCCUUUCCACUGCUAUUUUCCUUUUCUCUGCCUUUUUCUAUGUUGUUAUUGUAGUUGGCUAUCCAAUAAUCCUUGGAUCUGACCAGGAAUAGUUUAAUAACAUAGUUGCUGCUAAACUAAAAACAGGGUUGGACUGGCCAUGCAGGUCAUCGGGGAAAAACCAGGUGUGCCCCGGCUGGGCCAGAUCCCCUCUCCUGAUCUCCUGACCCUACAAAAAGAAAAAUAAUUUGCGGUGCCGUUCGUGCGGCUCCUUUUGUGCACACGUGGCGUUGCAGUAGGGGGUCCAGAGGGGGGCCCUGACCAGGAGUCCCGGUGGGCCCCUGCCCCCCAGUCCGACCCCGACUAUAAAUCUCAGCAUCCUCCAAGAGCCAGUGCUGCUUGCUGUCCUCAAGCUACAAGCACAGGUUUGUAUAUAUCAGGGCUAGUGAAUGGCAACAUUAAGGGGGUUAUUUAUUAAAAUCCAAUUUUUUUCUGAUUUUUUUAAGAAAAAAGUUUGACCAAACUGGAAUCCACGAUUUGACCUUAUUUAUCAUUGAAAAAAAGUUUUAUGCAAGAAACGCUCAAAUUAUUCGUGAAAACGCUCGAAACCCCCUGAUUAGUUCAGAUUUUUGGCCAAAACUCAGCGCAGACCAUGAUAUCUUCAAAUUUAUCAAAAUCCAAUUUUUUGGUAUUUUUUAAGAAAACAAGUCUGACCAAACUGGAAUCCACGAUUUGACCUUAUCUAUCAAUGAAAAAACUAGAUACAAUCGGUUCGGAAAAGAACUUGAAAAAUUCGUGUUUUUGAGAAAAAAGUUUUAUGCAAGAAACGCUCAAAUUUUUCAUGCAAUCGAUCGAAACCCCUGAUUAUUUCAGAUUUUUGGCCGAAACUCAGAGCAGACCGUGAUAUCUUCAAAUUUAUUAUAAUCCAAAUUUUUGUGGAUUUUUUAAGAAAAAAAGUCCAACCAAACUGCAAUCCACGAUUUGACCUUAUCUGUCAAUGAAAAAACUAGAUACAAUCGGUUCGGAAAAGAACUUGAAAAAUGCAGUUUUUUGCGAAAAAAGUUUUAUGCAAGAAAUGCUUAAAUUUUUCCUGAAAACGCUCUAAACCCCCUGAUUAUUUCAGAUUUUUGGCCGAAACUCAGCGCAGACCAUGAUAUCAUCAAAUUUAUCAAAAUCCAUUUUUUUGGU